AUGAUGUCCCCUGUCCUCGCAUACAAGGAAGAUGGGCAGCUUCAAGAGAACUCGACUCGCCCCGGUGCUUUCUUCGUGGGCUAUUCGAGGUACAACCUCACACCUGUAAUGCUUCGAGCCGCUCCUGCGGGGACCGCUCCAUCAAUUAUCUCGGACGAUCUGUCAAUAGGGUGUCAACUGGAACGGGUGCCCGGUGGCCGUAUUGAGAGUACUGAAGUCAUCUUGACUGCCCCGGCUGCUGUCCCUGGAAACAUUUCUGCCAUGAAAACCGCCUUGGAGGCAGAUGACAACUUCUGUGAUGCUUUCGAAGGCAGCAGUGCUCGAUCAGUAUAUGGACAGCUUGAAGCCUCUUGGACUUCUCUUUCGAACGGUCGUCACCCACACGUCGUUCAGCGUACCGCCCUAUUUAGAAGUGGUAUUGAUGGGCCAAGAUAUCCUCUCUCAGUCUGCCAACCAAGAGAACCAGACGGACUACUCGAUCCUGCCCGCCAACAAUCGGUUUCAAAUCCUCCAAAGUCACGCAUGCUUCCAGAUGCGCAACUGUUCCUGUUAAAGGGUAACAGACGCCAACCGGGCUUCCUCUACAAGGCGCCAUACAUGGCAAACUUGCUCUACCCUUCAUUGUUGCUAUACAAGCUUCAUCAGUUUUCCACCGCGCAUCCGGAAGAUAGCAUAUCCAUCAAGUCCAUGCUGUUUGCUGUUCAGCUUUGGUGCGACAUCAAAGCGCACCCGAAACUUCAGAGAGAGGCAUUCUUGACUGAGCGUCAGGAGAUCCAGGAUGUCUCGGUUGACGAAUUCAUUCUUGGUUUUGAACACUGGCUCCGACAUCACGAAGAGAAGCAACUUCUCGAGUACAUCCACCCCUUUCGCUUCAUACAUGCCUUCUUCUCCCGGGAUUUGCAGUUGAGUGAUGAGUUUUACCCGGCUGAGGAUGCGACCCUGGACGCGGGGGAGAUAAAGAAUCUUGUUGCUCGUGUUAGAGCAAAAUCAUCUGUAUUUUCUCCCGAGGCGAGGGUUGUCGUCUUCCCUGCCUCCAUGCCGGGAUCUAAUAUCCCUUGGCCUACAGGCAUGUUGCCAUUUACCCCCCCUUCGACCACCGAGAUGGCUUUGAUAAACUUUGACAAUGUCUACUCAUAUGGCUUACCCUCGUAUGCCCUUACGGAUAGGAAAUUGGUUGAGGUCGCCAUGCCCGAUAUCGUUGCCGAGGGGCGUUUCUGCGGCGAGAGGUUCUGUCUUGAAGAGGCUGACAUCCCCCUGCUGCGGGAUCUUACUUCUCCAGGUCGCGUCUCCCUUUUUGGCACCAAGACUAUCAUAGGGCCUAUCUGGAAAGCCCCUGAACUACCACAGACGACCAUCAGACCUCCUGUCGACGAGUAUGAGACCAUAUCUGGGCGAUGGAAGCCUUCAGGACAGCGUCACCCGCCUUUCCGCAAGCGGGAGAUGUGUUCAAGGUUGAAGGUCGCACUAAACGAAAUGAUAUCUUCUGGGGAUAUCGAGAUUCGUUCUGGGCUUCGACUUGAUAUUGACAACUCCCUUACGCCGUUUUUACGGCAAUCUCUGGAAGGCGAAGAUUCGCUCAACGACACACUCGUGCCUAUUUCCCAGCCACCCAGGGUUCCAAGGAUGAGUCCCAUGAGGCUUGCCGAGCUUUUAAUCCCACUACAACACACUGGGCGGGUGCUUUCCGUGGCUUGGAGAGAAGCACGUAGCAAACUCCAGGACAUGGAUGUUGGAGGACUCGACGAAGCUAACCGAACCGUUGUCCGUGUCUUGGACAUCAUCCGCGAGGCUUGGGAGCAGACAAAGAAGGAAAUCGAGGGGCUGAAUGAGCUUGUCGCAUCUCUGGAAAACGACCCGGAAUCCGUGACUGAGCCAUUCUUUUCAGGAACGGUGGCCCAGCGAAUCUGUCGUAUGGUAGGUAUUGAUGCAUCAACAGAUUGGGAGGUAGAUGCCUGGAGCGAGGGUCUGCGGGAAAAGCUCCUUGAUAAUCAAAUAUCCAUCGGGGAAACGGCAGAAAGGAUGAUGGUGCGCUUCGACCCCGCAAGGUAUCCCUGCGGGUCUGAGAAUUUGGGCAUUGAGGUCCGCAAGAAGUUGGAGGACUUGAUUGCAACGUGUGACUUUGCGGGCCAGGAAGAUCUUCUCGAGGCCGAAUAUCAGCUCCUCGUACAGCAAGUCAACGAACUUUCUCGCUAA